GUUCUAUUUGUUGUUUUAUGCUUUUCCUAGAUGGGUCAGUGGCAUGCUGCUGAUGAAUAUGAUGGUCAAGUAAGAGAAAUUACAUUCAGAUCCUUGUGUAACAGUCCUAUGUGCCCUCCAGACACAGCAAUGACAGAGUAUCAGCAUUUGGUUCUGUUGCCAGAAAAAAAAAUGCUGGUGUUUGAGACGGUACAACAAGCGCAUGAUGUUCCGUUUGGGUCUUACUUUGAGGUUCACUGUAGAUGGUCUUUAGAGACCAACUCUGAAUCCUCUUGCAGGAUAGAUAUAAAAGUUGGUGCACAUUUUAAGAAAUGGUGUGUGAUGCAAUCUAAAAUUAAGGCUGGAGCUAUCAACGAGUACAAGAAAGAGGUGGAGUUGAUGUUGGAGGUUGCCCGUUCAUAUAUUAAGUCGAAGACUUCUGGCGGUGAGACUGAAAAUGCCCCCUCCCCCAACUCUAUAACUCAAGAAUAGAUGAACACUUCAUGUGACCUUCUUGUAAGUCUUGCAUGUGUAUUGCUUCAACCCUGUAAUUUUUCUUGAUGUAUGUAAUCAUUUCUCGAACAACAAACGUCCAUUGUAAUGUAACUAGCGAAGAAUGUUAAUUAUGUAGUCGCACCCUAUCUCAUUGGUAGAGAACAAGCGGUGUGCUCUUGUAAUCCUUGUGGGAUUGCAAUCUAGUGUUCAAUAUAUAAUAUUGCUCCUCUUGGGUAAUAAGAUAGAGUGGGUCUUAGUAUAACUGUAAAGUUAUUUUAUUGUGAUCUGGAUAUGACAG